UACAGCGAAAUACACGAUGAACAAUAAUAACGCCGCAUCCAGACGCCCGGUUGGUCCAGUACGGCAGCACUCGUUACCGCAACCACCUCGUCAUCAACAGCAGAUUCGUCGUCAGAGAUCAACGGAAGAUGAAAAUAAUCCACGGAUAUACUCGACAAACUCGGUUGGCUAUCGCAACAGAUGCCCCGGCACAUCUAGCAAUCGUCAAUCACCUACGCUCGACCGACCAAGAGUUCGAGUGGCCUGGAGCGAGCAAACCCUUAAACCAAAAAACGAUGGAGGAGUUGAGAUCGUAGCGCGACAAAUUCCAACGGGAAAGUUGACUCGAUCGACGAACGGCCGAGACAAUAAAAGCGUCGCGGGGAGAUGCCCCUUGAGAGAUAGAGCGACGAUACUUUAUUCGAGGCAAGAAUUAGCGGAAAGAUUGAGAGAAGCCUGGAGACAAAGAGAGGUGAACAAGUCAAAUAUCGACAUCUUUCUUGCGCACAACACCGUGGAGGACAGAUGCGACUCGGUGAUGUCGACCGAGACUAAUCCGACGGUCCGGUCGACCUCGAAACUCCACAAGAAGUCGGACCAGCGCACGGACGGUGAUCACGCGCAGAACGUAAAAUUAAUUAACGAAACGAAUAAUGCCAAAGAUAAGAAAUCGGACGGUAAAAGCAACGAAGGGCCUGAUUUUCAAAAAUGGUUUCCCUCAAGCACAUGUAACAAUGUUACGACUAUAAGCACAGAGAGCCAAUCACCUAUCGUAUAUAAUGUCGCUAAAGCAGACGAUAUUAAGGAGAGGGUCGAAGGAAGGGGGGACGAUGAUGUAAAGAAAAAUGCAAGCACAGAGAAAAAGUCAUCUAUAAACAUAAACUGCCAUAAUUGGAAUAUACCAAGGGCGAUGGAUAAUGCGAAUACGUUGAGCGUACAUAGGGGCGUGAAGGAAGAGGCCGAUUAUUAUAAAUUAUUGCCAAAGUUGUCUAAAGAGGCGGAUUACUCGCAAGCUCGAAUGAAGCGUGCGAAUUAUCAGAGUGGCUUGAACAAGGCGUUCGCUAGUCGAAUAAUCGAAAAGUCAUCGAGUUCGCGAGUAGGCGGUCGUAACGAUAGGAGACACGAGGAGUCAACGAGAUUUCGUCGGACCAGCUCAGCCCCACCGCGGCAGCGCACUCGAGUUGACGUCGUCGUAGAAGGACCGGGCAUGCCACUGUCUAUGAGCAACGCCGAGCCCGAAGGAUGGAUAACGGCCGCGAACGAGCAGAGUCAAUCGGCUGUCAAGGGUCCGAUCCUUGACACGAAUCGACCGAUAAAAUCAGCGCCGGCCGUUAAAAGACGUACAAAGACUAAUAAAAGACGCGGCCCGAGCGUGGCUUACUCCAAGGACGGGGAGGAGGAUGAAACGGUGUUAGACAAUGCUCGAGGUAAAGCGAGGAAUGUCAAGAAGACUGGUAAAAGUAGGCUCGCGCCAAGGAACACGGACGUGGUGACGAUGGUGUCGCUCGUUAGCUCGGCAGACAGCGAUAGCGAAAUGGAUGAGAUAUCAUCAAGGGAUGAUAAAUUAAUAUGCGAAUUGAGGAACAAACUGCCUACCACGCCCAUUAUCAAGUCUUCCAAUGGGCUCUCCACUGCUAUCAGGAAGCCUUUCAAAUCAGAAUAUCCGUAUUUAUGGAAGAUCAAGUCACUUUACUACAUAAGUAAACACGAACUGCUAACUAAGUUAAAGCAAAAUGAUUAUGAAGUUUUUGUCAACACUUCGACCGAUCGCGACGACUCGGCUCUGCAGGCGGAUGCCGCUGUUCGCGAAGACACGAGGACAUCCUUGCGGAGACGUUUCAUUACACUGAGCAAGUCGAACGUUAUUGGAAACGCAACCGUGGUCGGUCCUACGUCACACACGAUAUCACCACUGCCAACGCCCUGGAGGACAGCGACGCUGGUGCCGUUUCACGUAGAGAGGAUUCUCGGCCCGGCCGAGGUCACCCUUACUGAUCGGGAGAAACGCUGUCUCGCGGUGCCCAUCGUUGACAUUAGUGAUAAAAAGCGGAAGCUGCUGAGGUGUCGUAGCGCGGUCGCCGCCCCAAAAUCCAAUAAUACUGAGAAGCAGUUAUCGGAUACAAAUCAGCCGUACUUACAAGCGGAAAUGCGAAUGCCACAAAUGAUUUCACGAGCAUCUCUUCUUCUACAAGAAAGCAAUCCUUUGAAGGUUAUUACAAAUCCGUCUGCGUUAACUUUAGACAGAAAUGUAGAAAAAAAUAAAAAAUUGCCGGCAGAAUCGUAUUGUCAAACACCAAAAGAGAAAGAAUGCUGGCAUUUAUAUCAAAGAAUGUGUGACAAAGGAGUGUUUGUAUCAUUCGAUACAGUUUUAAGAGGCAUGCUAACUCCAACAGAGUAUCGAUUGCGCCAAAAAGAAAUGAGCCAAAACUGCUAACAGUCAUGAAAAUCUUUAUAUGUUUUUAACAAUAACGAAAUAUUUUAAAUUAAAAGA